AAAUGUUUUGCUCUUCCCCUGAAAACUUGUGCGUAGAACAUUGUAUUGGUGCAGACGGUGUUUGUGGCCAGCUAGCUAGCUAGGUACCGAUACCAUAUCGAAUAAACACAGGAGUAUGCUGCCCAUACAAACACUCAAGGCCUAGUAGAAACACCAUGGAAGAGUCAGGAGGCAGGCCACGCUACCCCAAGCAGGAAGGCCGUGAGAGGGGCCCGGUGGCAGACGAGGCUGAGAUCUGGCGGAACCAGGAUGCAGGGAGAGGAUACAGCCCCAAGCCCAAGAGGGGAGGCCACGGAGGGCUUCACCACGCCAGCUCCAAGAAGGGAGCGAUGGAGCCCCAGAGCAGCUACCCUGCAGGGGGAUUCAAGGAGGGCCACAGCCCCUCACAGAGGGAGGACUUUCAGAGAGCCAGAUACCCAGAGAGCCAGCAGGCCGAGGGCAGGGAGGAGAACUGGAGGAAGCACCCUUCCCAGCGCUGGCGGAGAACUUCUCAGGGAGAGGACAUGGAGCAGAGGAGAGACAACGUUGACAACACACUUCACUCAGGUGGCAGGAAUCGUAGGAACCAUAACUGGAGGCGGGGUCUAGGUGAGGAGGACCAUGGGCCGGUCGUGGAUGAGUCAGCUCUGUCAGCCAAAGAGCUGCUGGGACUGAAACAGGCGGAGGACAAGAUUGGCAGAGAGAAGAUCUUCCGUCUGAAGAAGAGGUCCCACAGUAACCCCAGUGCUGUCUACACUGCUCUCUGUGUGAGGUACUGCUGGACUCUGUCUCUGAAGCUCACAGACACAUCAAGACAAGUGGCACAAGAGAAGCCAAGGAGCGUUGUGAGGAGGAGUGCUGACGGAGAUUGCGCCCCCAGGCGGAGCAGGUGCAGCGUGGGCAUGGCCUGGAGGGCGUGGUCAGAGAGAGAGGGAUGA